AUGAGCUCGACGCCGAUGGAGGAUAUCAUCCGUGCCAAGGUCACGGCGGCCUUCAAUCCGCUGACGCUUGAAAUCUACAAUGACUCGCACCUGCAUUCUCACCACAAGGCCAUGCAGGGCAACCUCUCCAAGGAGACUCACUUUAGGCUCGUCAUCACAUCCGACGCCUUCACGUCCAAGAUGCUCCCUGCGCGGCACCGUAUGGUCUACGCCCUUCUGCGCGACGAAAUGAAUGAGGUGGACGGCAUCCAUGCCCUUCAGCUGCGCACCCUGACACCUGACGAGGAGGUGCGCCAGCAAAAGAAAGCUGCGGAAGCGGCCGCUGCGAAUAUCACCAAGGACGAGUCCCAGGCGGUGCCGUCCGCAACAGCCAGCCAGACCUGA